AUGGGUUCAAUCGGGUCUGUUGAGAUAGGCAGGUUUGCCUUCACCAACGCGCCCCUCGGCCACGACCUCGGUGAGUUCAUCAACUUGUCGACAGAUGGUACAGAGGCAUGGUCAGUUGCAGCCGCUUCCGCAGUGGCAUGGCGAAAUGAGUGGGAGGACGGGAAGAUCACUCUGGAGCAGCUCGCUCGACCUGGCUUCGGCUGCACCCUGCGCCGCUCCAACCUGAAGCGGCCUUGCCCCCGCACCAGCGAGGCGUCGGCAGCCAAUUUCAAGCGCAACGCGACCUUGGGAGAUGCCGCGGCGCCCGCCGCUCUGUCCAUGGCGACAUACAUCAACUAUGGGGAGGGUGAGGACGAUGCAAUUGUACAGGGAGCAGAGUGGCUGAUGAGACUGUUGCAAGUGCAGCAGGGAGCGGAUGCAGAGAAAGCUUUUACCGAGAAGUUCAAGAAAGAGUUUCAGGCGGUGCAAGACGCACCCAGGUACGACAUCGCCCCUGUCUUCGACUUGUUCGUUGACUAUAGUAAGAACCUGUUCACGGCCAUUCCGGAGAACAAGCCUGAAGAGCGGCUGAAAGAGAUCGAGAGCUUCUUCGCCUUGAUUCUCAGCAUGCUGUCCUACUUUGAGGACAGCGAGCACUUGGACAAGUCGACGACAAGACUGUGCGAACUGUUGAGCACCGACACAGAACAGCAGCCAGAGCUUCGGCUGCGACUCCUAAUGAUGUUGUACAACACGUUCAGCCCUCCUCUCCAGCAGAGAUACAGGAUCUUCAAGUACGCCUUGGACUAUGCAGCAGCGGCUGACAUGUUCGACCAGGUCUUGCCCUAUCUCGAGUACCUGGACUCCUGGAUGGCAGAUUGGGAGUCGUACCUCAAGAUCGACGAGAAGCGAGCUCUUUAUGCCGACAUCUCUAGACACAUGAGGGGCUACGGCAAGAAGUCGGAAGCCUUCCAGUACCUAAAGCAGUACCAUGGCCUCUUCCAGGGCGCGGCUUCGGAGGCCCUGACCAAACCAGAGGUCGUUGAACAGACCAUCCAGCUGAUCAAGGAUGCAGUGAUGCUCCCAGCUGUGAUUCAGUUCGACGACAUUUUGAUGCUGGACUCGGUCAAGGCCUUGCGGAGCACCUCGCAGGGAAACCUUGUGGGCUUGUGCGAAAUCUUCUUGUCUGGUUCUGUAGAUGACCUCAAGGACUUCCACAAGAAGAACGAAAAGCUCUUCGACGAGCAUUCCCUGAACUUUCAGGACGCGAUGUCCAAGAUUAGACUUCUGACCUUGGCCACCAUGGCUCGGGGACAGUCGGAACUUCCUUUAGACGACAUCGCAAAGCGCAUCCAGGAGAGCCCCACGGCAGUUGAGCCUUGGGUGGUUCGGGCGAUCUCGGAGGGAGUCAUUGACGGCCGCAUUGACCAGCUGAACCGGAAGGUGCUCGUGAAAUCAGCCUUCUUGCGCAAGUUUGAGAAGGAGGAGUGGAACUUCUUGGAUUCCAAGUUAUCGCAUUGGAUCGAGAACUUGGAGCAAGUAAUCAAGUUCCUUGGUGAGCAAAAAAACAAGACCGAGGCGGGACGGACGGCCGAAAGUCCCAGUGGUAUGCCGGAUAAACAUUUUGACUUUCAGGCUCUGACAGCCUAG